CGUGGAGAGGCUAAGGGUUGGUUCUGGGGGACAAGGCGAAGGGUCGUAGUUGCAGCAUGGGCCGUAAAUCGCGAUAUCAACAGUCUUGUGGGAAAAAUCAAAAGUUCGAAUCACAAGGAAAGAGUCGAGUAAAGAUCCAUAUAGAUAGACACCCAGAGCCAAUGGAGGUGGGCCAGAUAGUAGACGACACGCUAGACAAGCGAGGGGUCCGUCGGGCUGAGCUAGGCGGCGUCCCGGGCGGCCAUGGGGGAGACAAUGGCGCCGGCGUUGGCGGCAGUGGUAACAACAACAACAAUAACGCGCACGAGUUGGACAACUCAUUGGAAUUAUUUACCCAGCGCACGAGCGAGGAGGAGAGGGAGGGGGAGGGUAGGGGUGUUGAGAUGAGUCCUCCCCGGGCGGUGUUGAACUCGUUCUGCUCGGACUUGAGCCACAGUCUCCAGUUCCACGAGGACGACACGUUGGAGUUGGAGGUUGAGGAUCUGGACAAUCGGCGGAUGACCACACGAUUACGCGAGCGAGAGAGAGAGAGGCAGGCGAGGCAGGCGAGUCAAUCUGGAGGGUUCCAGGCGACGCAGGUUUUGUCUGGCAUUGAUGAGAGAGAGAUUCCUCAGGUGGGAGCAACGGCAGCGGGAGCUGGCUCUCAGGGCCAGCUGGAAGUCCAGACCCAGGUAGGAGACACCCAGGUGAUAGUACAGACUGUGGGACAUACUGUAGGAUAUAUGACAGAGAAUGGGGACACCCAGAGGAUACAGAAUGGAGACACCCAGGUGGUAGAGAAAGAGGACACGAUGGUGGGGGGCACCCAGGUUAUAAGACCAAUGGUAAGAGGUGGUGAAUUGGACGAUACACAAGUCAUUGGGAGUUCACCAGAAGUGGCAAUGGCCCAGAGAAGAAGCGAUCUGGCAGGAUCCAGUGGACAAUAUCUGAGGGUUGGAAUGAAGAGUGUGAAUAAUGCUGAAGGUGAGGGACUUCUAGGACAUGUAGAAUAUGUUCUGAACCAGGUGGGGGAUACCCAGGUGGUUCUGAACCAAGUAGAGAAUACUCAGAUCGUUCCUGGGCGAGUACAAGACACCCAGGAGGUUCUAAACCAAGUAGAAGACACCCAAGUGGUUCCUGGGCGAUUACAAGACACCCAAGUAGUUCCAGGACCUGUUCAAGAGACUCAGAGAGUUCCACAGGUAACACAAGAUACUCAGAGAGUUCCACAACUAACACAAGACACUCAGUUAGUUCCUAAUGGGAUGGAGAUGCCUCCACCACUUUCACAGAGUAGUCCAUCGAAGGUUGAUCUGAGAGAAAAGAAUGGACAGUCCAGCUCUCAACAGUCCAGCUCUCAACAGUCCAGCUCUCAACAGUCCAGUUCUCAACAGUCCAGUUCUCAAAAGAAACAUUCUAGUUCCCCCGCUUAUAACUCUCCAGCUUACCCUCUUCUUCAUACCUCAAACACCCACCUCUCUAAACAAUCAUCUGCUAUUGGGUCGGAAAUCCUUUCCCCAGCAAAGGCCCUGACCAGUAUAGUCCAAAUCCCCAACACUGUAGAAAGAACAAUGGCCAUUGACUCAAUGGCCCAGGUACAGAACACCCAGGAAGAUCUCAUAGACGCUACGUUUCAACUCGAUGAUUUGGGGACACGUCCUGUGUAUUCCUCUAGUCAAAAGCUUACCGCUGAGGAGAUCAAUACGGACGAAGAGAUCAAUGAGGAGGAGGAAGAGAGGGCCAUGGAGGAAAGUGAAAGUGAAGAUGAGAGGAUCAAAGUGGGCCACGAUUCUGUCAUGUACUCUGACGACCGGAAGUUUGGCCACAAUUCUGUCAUGUACUCCGACGAGACGAUGAUGACCACCAACAAUACGAUGGCCGCGUCCAGAAUCGAUGAGUCUUCGCCUGCCAUCAAGGGGGCAGACAUGUUGAAGUUACCCUCUCUGCCCAAGCAGUCCGAUAGAAGUGAAGAAGAGGAAGAGGAAGAGGAAGAGAUCAUUACAAGAAGAUCUAAAAGAAAACUAGCGGUCUUGGAAGAAUCACAGUCCCAGUCAGAAACCCAGGCCCGUUCAAAGAUACCGGCCCUUGCCAACUCGCAGACCCAGACUGAAGCGCAACCAAAUACUCAUUCUCAAGCUGGUUCCCUCCUUAGAGAAGAACUGAGCCUCUCCAGUGGAGUAACCAACUCGAGAAGUGUGUGGGCAGAGUACAAGUUCAAAAUGUACCCCGGGACUGUACUAGAGGCGUAUCCGGAGUACCUGGUCGUGUCCUUCGAGGACGGCUUGACCAACGUCAACAACGCCGAUUUAAAGCCCUUGGACAUCAGGAUCGGUGACAAGGUGAGAGUGGGCACCUAUCAAUAUGUGGUGACUGGGUUGCAACGUGGACCACUGGAAAGUGACCUUCUAGAAAGUAAACUGCUGGGAAGUGGACUGCUAGAAAGUAGACUGCUGGCUGAAGGACUACCCAUCAUGUGCACCCGAGGGUAUAGCCGGGUGUGGGGAAAGAGAAUAUCGAAAAACAAACAAUUUGAAGAAACCUCGUUCCCCCUCAGCCAAUGCUACAUGGAGAUCGAGGAUUGGAUGGAACACCAGCAACGAUUCGACCUCUUGGAUAGUGAAUUUGCUCGUUCCAGGCAAAUUGGCGCCAGUGGCGUCUUCUCGGACGGCGUGAGUCCUCGAAAGGCGAAGCUUAUCUCCGGAACGAUGACCCCAAGCGUCCCCACGACGCCAGUACCCCAGCGGGAGAUCACCACCACCGGUACAGGAGUAUUCUCGCAAACAGUGUUCUGUCUCACCAACCUUGAGAACAGACAACAACUCUCCUCGAUCAUCCAGAAGAAUGGCGGUACCUUGCUUGACGGGAUAGAUGAGGUGGUGGAAUACUCAGAAACAAAACAAGGAUUAAGGUUAAAGUCGCUGGUCUUGGCACGGUUCAAGUUUGCCGCCCUUAUCUCCAAUAGUCAUUGUCGAAGUGCCAAAUACCUCCAGGCGCUUGCGAUGGGGUGGCCCGUGUUGGCAGACUCGUUUGUGCACGACUGUGUCCGGGACCAUGCCACCAUGCACUCGUGGUACGUGUACCUCCUACCGUCCGGGUACCUGCAUCAGCUCGGAUGCAUCCGAAGCAGCGACGUGUUCAAGUUCCGGGCAAACUUGGACGACCACAAGCCGCUCACCGAACAAUUGGCAAACAAUUGCAACGUUCUCUCAAGGUUCGACAUUGUCGUGAUCAAUAAUAAGCUUAACUCUAAGAACCUCCAAACAUGUGAAUUCAUAUUUCAUGCAGUGGGGGCUAACUCCAUCCAGUACUUGAAAGAGAUCCUGGAGAUUGGCCAGUUGGCCGAUAAAUCCUGGACCAACGUGUUGUUGUACGACAAUACCCCAAGACCGGGCCAGGAAGCCGCGGUGGCAAGACCCACGCCGCGCCCCAUGGCCAAGCCUACUCGGUCGCUGGCCCGUUCUCUGGCCCGGGCCCGUACAAGAAAGACCAAGCCGCGGCAAACUGUGGCGAUCAUCGACUGGGAAUGGGUCGUCCAGUGCGUGAUCAAUGGUCAUGCCUGGGAACCAAAGUACAUAGAGAUCUAACCCUUUAAACUCAAGGUUAAAGCUUAAAGGACGACGCGCAAAGCCAGAUGAUCAUUGCAACAGAUUGCGCCGCCCACAGACCAUUUGUUCCUUUUUGGGAUGUAGAUUGGCCUAAUCAUGCACUCGGUGAUGGGAAAUUGUGCAUGGCGUUCCAUGUCGUGUUGUUUGACUUAGCCACCGUGCAUACAAACUUUCGUUCGUCCUUGAAUUCCAUCUGGCUUCAUUAAGCUUACGGGAUAUUGAACAGUCCGCAGUGCAGCCAUAAUGGCAGAACAUGGUCGUCGGCAGAGUCCAUCGGCGACUAGACGACGGUAGUAGGGUAAAUGAACAUUCCGGUUACUUAGACGCGUAGUGAGCCAGUCGCCAUUUUUCGGGGCGCUCCCUGUAGCAGUAGGGGUGCCGAGACGAACCAUUGGAGGGCACAAGGACAAGUGUUGCCCAGCAGUCGGGACUUCCUCGCCAGAGGAACAAGGCCACCACGGCAAGUGGCCCACGGAGUGCCAGCGGAGCGGCUAGCUAACCCCGUAGGGCAGCACUACACCCUUCUCUGUGGGGCUGCUAGUUGCUCCGCUGACCCCUUCUCGGGGAGAGCCACUGCGUGGAAGCCUAGCUCUUCUACGAGGAGAUACAAGUGCUACAGUCUUCCUCGUCAGAGGAACAAGAGCCCCCACGGCUAGUGGCCCACGGAGUGCCAGCGGAGCGACUCGCUAACCCCGUAGGGUAGCACUACUCCCUUCCUUGCAGGUCUGCUAGCCGCUCCGCUGGGCCCCUGCUCGGGGAG